AUGAGACUAAGAACCACUUUUCUUGUUCCAGUGAAGAGGUCUCCAAAGACAAGAACAUAAUCAAGUUGUUCCUUUCCACUGACAAUCUGAAAGUCUACUGUUUCUUCCGAAGUGAAACCAUAGACCUUUUCAGGACAGUUUUGAGUGUGUUUACAUCAGGAGGCAAUGCUCCGGAGCUGAUAAUCAUGAACAGCACAUACCACGAUCACUUCUACUUUAACUUAUCUCUGUUCAAUAACCGUGUUCUCUGGCUAAUUGACAUUCCUAGAAAAAACAUCACCGGAAAUAAAGACAUUGCAUCUGUGGAAGAAUGGAUAAUAAAGGUCACAAUGAGUGAAGGAUUAAAUAUUUAUAACACUGAGGGGACCCUAUUGGAUCUUGUCCGAGAGCCUAUUCUUCAGUGGAAUCUUGGAACAAUAAUGAAUGGACCACAGGUCAAAAAAUUGUACCCACAUGUGAGAGAUAUCAAAGUGACAAAGUGCCUCUGUGCCAAUGAUGUGGCAUUACUAGGCUUAAUUUUGAACUCGACAUUUAAUGGACAGUCAGCCCCCAGUAUGGAGCCGCUGCAGCUGUUGCAUGAGGUGCUCACUUUGCUGGGAGAUGCAGCAGAGCUGCCUGAAGGCUACAAGCACAAAGUCACUACAAGGAAGAAACCACACUUACUUCUCAGGAACCAGUUAGAACUAAUUGUAGUAUCAAAAAAUUUCAGGGCACCGAUGAUCCUUCAAGAAGAGGCCCAGAAGUUCUACAAGGUUGACUAUAUCAAAGGAAAAUUGUGGUAUAAUGAAAGAUGUUUUGCAAACAGAGAAAAUUUUGAAGUUGAUUAUGUGACUAUCACUUUUGACAGAAACAGGACCCUAAGUGAGGCCAGUGCUUGUUUUUAUAGUAAAGAACCAUUUCUUCAGUGGUUGCCUUGCUUAUCUUCUAUUUCUAAAAGUGAAAAUCUUCUUCCACAUGUGAUAACAUUUCUUAUUGACCAAGAAAGUCAAACUGGAAUUUAUCUUUUCCAUCAUCGGAUGUCCAAAAAGACCUUUGUCUCUGUGUCAGUGUUCAAGAAUGACAAACCAAACGAAGCUCAACCAAAAUUUCCAAAUUUCCUAUUUCCUUCCUCAUUCUCAAAUCCAGUUGGAAUGGUGUUCCAUCCCCGAAGCCACUUUCUAUAUGUUUAUGGAAAUCAGGUAUGGCUUUCUAUGGAUGGUGGCAAUUCUUUUGACUUACUAUGUGACUUUCAAAUUAACUUUGUAAAGAAGACUGCUCAUAGUUUUUAUUCUUCAGAUAUAUCUUUUAUUACACAAAGUGGGAGGAUUUACAUGACAAAGGCAGGAUUGGCAAGAUACACUAUGGGUGGAAAAUGUAGUGAUAAAAUUUUCACAAUAUACUAUGAUUACUUGGGAUUCAUACACAAACUGACUCCAGAACGCUUUGAAACAGGUUCAUCACCUUCAGGCACUCGAACUUUUCAUCGGAUUUUUGGAACGCCUCCUGAUAUGGGAUUUGAUGCUGCACUAGCACCGCAGUUUGUCUCUCCCAAUGAGAUGCUUUUCUUUGCGUAUGUACCUCUGACUGAACCUGAACAAAGUGUAUACAAGAAGAAAUUAAAAAAUAUUCACCUUGGGAAAGUGAUAAGCCACAGAAAAACAGGAGAAGCUUAUAUCAAAAAAUUAUUAGUACAUACCAAUGGUCCUUUGGGAUUUCAAACCUCAGUUCUCACAGACAUAAUACAACCUUUUGGAAUAGAUGAAUAUGGAAAUUUAGGAAACUAUUGGAUACUUGGUUCUCUUAAUAUCUCAUAUUUUGGAAACAAUAUGUACCUCAUUCAUAUUGUAUCAAAAGCUGAAACAUCUAUUCUCCUGAUGUUUCUGUGGACUCCUGGAGCGUGCUCUUCCUAUGCGAGGCUCUGGGUCAUGGUAGCAAUGAACACUGGCCUCUCGAUACCUGUUCAUCGUUUCAAGUUUCCAGUCACACAAUACCCAGUUGUUUUGGAAAUUAUUGAUGAAAAACAAAAAGUAUCUGUGAAACCUCCAUAUUUGGUUACCAUGACUGAAGUGAAUAGGAGGCAAAACUGGCAACUAAAACACAAUAUGCCAGCAAAUGUUAAGAAAAUGAAGGACUACUUAGAUCCAAGGCUUAAGACUCCAGUGUAUAAUCCUUUUGGUCUCAACCUAAGUAUAAGGGGCUCUGAGCUGUUUCACUUCAAGGUGUCUGUGAUUCCUGGGGUCAGCUUUUGUGACUUACAUGAAGAAUUUCAGAUUUAUGUCGACGAAGUACCAUUGCCUUUUCCAGGACAUAUACUUAUUGCUGUUGCAACAUCCGUACUGCUAGGGGGAUUAAUUUUUGUAGCAUUUUUAUUCCAACUUCGUAACAUCCACCCAUUGAGAGCAUUCCGGAGAUAUGUCAGAGGAACUAUUAGACAAUCAUCAAAUAUAAGUAUCGACUCAUAA